AUGGAGGGAGGAGAUUCACGCAGUUUAACCGAGCCACCAUUUAUCGCACGAGUGAGCGUAUCCAUUAAAAGGAAGUUACAAUAUCUACUAGACAAGAGCACAAUCUAUGUGUAUGGACGUUGGGGUGUUACGCUUGCUCUACUAGCACUUUAUCUCGUGCGGGUGUUUUACUUAAAUGCUUUCCACAUCGUAACCUACGGACUGGGCAUUUAUCUACUAAAUUUGUUCAUUGGUUUUCUAUCGCCUCAAGUUGACACGGAGAAUGAUGGUCCGCUGCUGCCACACAAGCAGAGCGAGGAAUUUCGUCCUUUUACGCGUCGCGUUCCGGAGUUUCAAUUCUGGUACUCGACGUUUAAAGCCGCCAUCAUAUCGCUGCUUAUGACACUGAGCAGCGCUUUCGACGUGCCGGUGUUUUGGCCAAUUUUGCUCAUUUACUUCAUUGUGCUCUUUUCGCUUACUAUGAAGCGCCAGAUUAUACACAUGUGGAAGCACAAUUACGUCCCAUGGGAUCAUGGCAAGCAGGUUUACAAGGGCAAGAAGAACACCAAAUAG